UGAAACUGCCACUGCUAUUUCUUUCUACUACUUAAAUAAAUAAAAAUUGAAAUAAUUUCCCUGCCCAAAAACACUGUUAAUUCCAACUUCAUUCAUUCCGAAAUGAACAGGAUUCUACCAACACAUUUUUGGGAUUUGUUCCUUUAUCUCUUCUCCUCCAGCUAAAAUUAACUUGAGAUAAAAUUUUGAAAAAUCAGUUGCAGGAAUUUGGUUUAUGGAUUUGAACGAGUUUCGCUCCGUCAUGUCGGAUUCCGGCAUUGAUGUCUGGACUUGGAUCGAUAUGGCGAUAUCCGUGGCGUCUGCUGAUCAUGAAAUCGAGCUCCGGAAUCGCAGAGAUGGAAUUGUUCAGAAGCUCUUUGCAUCGCCAUGUGAGAAUUGUGUGAAGAGGAAUGAGAGUGAUCAGCAAAAUCAUCAAGGAAUCCAACCAGAUAAAAAUGUGGAACACGAUGAUGAGCACAAGAAGAUUCUAGAAAUCAAGAACCUUCUAGACGAUCAUAGCCAGAAUGAGAAAUCUAUGAUUGAGCUUCUUCAGAGGCUUUUGGACAUGAAUACUACUUUUACAACUCUCAAGGAAACUGAAAUAGGAAAACAUGUAACUAAACUGCGAAAGCAUUCAUCAAAUGAAGUGCGGAGACUGGUGAAAGUUCUUGUAAGAAAAUGGAGGGAUACUGUUGAUGAAUGGGUGAGGCAGAAUACGCCUAUAGAAGAAGAAGCCACUGAAUUCAAUGAUCAAGCAUCCUAUUUAUUUGCUAAAGAUGAUGCAAGAAUUCACAACAGUGUGAAAGAUGUUUCCUGUCAUUCAACUCCACCAAAGAGGAAAGCAAAGGAUAAUGGGAUUAUAUUGAAUGAUGAAGAUUAUCAAGAAUCUCAAUAUGCCAAGAAACAAAGAAGGCCACAAGUAAUGGAUAUCCCAAAAUUCAAGAAUUCGAUUGUUCGCAACAAUGGAAGCAGUAUCCCUAUAAAAUACCGGUGAACAAUUGCAUAUUAGCAUGAUGUAGAAAAAUGCAGUGAUCCUUGAAAGGCGACUGAAAAAGGGUUGGAGAGAGAUAGUCAGUCCCAUGUGAUUUUGUUUGGUGAGUAGAUGCAUUGAUUUUGGAUUGUGAAGAACUACUUGCAUAGCAUAGCUCUACAAAUUUGCAACUGUACAUUAAAUAAUGAUACUUUUUUCUAUUUAUAUUAUCAUGAAUAUCGUAUUA